CUUAUGUGUAAAUGUGUAUGAGCUAAAGUUACAUUUUAAAUACGAAUACAUACCGAAUGGAAUGGAAAUUAUAGUAAAAUCAAACUAAGAAUUAUAUUUAAGGGAAUGACAUGUAUGCCAUGUGCGAACACUGCUGUUUUUUAAUAAGAGAUCACGCGCUUCAAUAGUUAAAACGAAUUUGUGUAAAAAAUUGUAUUUUAGGUAAUUUCAUUAAUUAAUUUGGAAAUAGAAACUCACCGUAGUCUUCAUAAAAUUUCAUAAGGAAGUCACUACUUUUUAUUCAACAAUUACUCAAAAACCAAUUAUAAUAUGUCUUGGGAUUGUAGAAAAUUUACACCUUUUGUAGAAUAGAAUAGAAAAAUAUAUUUAAUGCAAUUUCAGUCCAUCUCUAUGUUUUGUUUCGUUGCAUCUGUUAGUGAUUUAAUGUAUAAAUACAUACAUACUUGUUUAAUUAAACAAGAACAUGUGAAAUGUAUUGUACUGGAUUGUUGCCUUUUGUUUUCUCGUAUAUAUUAAUAGAAUUAAAUAAAAAAGGAUUUAAUUGUAGUUUUUUAAAGUUUAAAUUUAAAUUAUUUUUUUUGCUACAUUUACAAAUAAAAAAACUUCAAGAAAUUAGAAUUAGAUUACCAAUAAAGUUGGAAGAACGCGUACUUUUAUAUUUCGGGAGUUGAGAACCCUAGGAUGGCAGUCUGGCAACUAUCAACUUUAUCGUAAAGUUUGACAUUUUUGAUGUUUUACAUACUCGGAACGUUUUGACAUACGAGCGUUAUUUGUGUUGUUUACAUUAACUUUAAAUAUUCACCUCAGCCAAAAUAUGGAAUUAAAUCGCGAACAUUUUCGCGCGCUUAUGUCUUACAAUUUUGGACGUGGAUUAACUCGGAAACAGUGCAACGAUGAACUUAAUUCAAUUUUUGACGAUGAAGCUCCAUCAAGGACCAGUGUAUAUCGAUAGUUUGGGGAAUUCCAUCGUGGUCGUAGAUCACCUCAAGACGAAUUUCGUGAAGGUCGGGCAAAAUUAGUUGUUGUUCCGGACCCCAUUGAUGCUGUGCGCAAACUGAUAUUGCAAUAUCGUCAAGUGACCUAUCGUAAGAUUGAGACAGCUAUUGGCAUUUGUGAUAUUUGAUUGUAAAAACAAUGUUCUUGUUGGAUCCCACACAAUUUUUCAAUCGCUCAAAAAAAGGCUCAAGUCGAUUGGUCGAGAGAAAUCUUCAAAAAAUACGAUAGGGUGCUCCGAAACACGUCUAUGACGUAACAGGUGAUUAUUUGUGGAUUUGCGCGUAUUAGCCCGAAAGUCAAUAGCAGUCGACAGAUGAGACGUAUCCAACAAAAGUUGUUCACGCACGAAGCACUUCUAAGCAAAUGGUUGCCUGUUUCUUUGGAAAAGCUAGACAUGUCGUAACCAUGCCAUUAGAACAACCUAGAACAAUAAGUUAUAAAUGGUACACAACUAUUCCUUUGCCAGUUAAGGCAUCAGAAACACCAACCGCCACAUCGACUGAAGCAACUGAAUUUUUGUGCGCACACAAAACAUCGAUUUGAUGAGUCAAUCACCGUAUAGUGCUGACCUGGCACCGAAAGACUACUUUUUAUUCCCCUUGCUGGUUUGAGAAAAACAUUAUGUUACACAGUUUAAAUGCGGAUUGAAAACGUUUAUUAGACAGUGUUGUCCGCCAUGAGCACACCUGAAGCCCGCAGUGAAACCAUUACUUCCGAUGAAGAAGAUUUUAAAUCGGUCAUUCCGCAUAGCUUUGAAGAUGUACCAAAUACAUCAACAGCACAACAAAGCGAUAAGCAACUGCUUAGCCAUACCGAUUUCGAAAAAAUGGAUUCCGAAAAUGACCCUAGCUCUAGCUUCAGUUGCCGGAUAUGGGAGAAUGUUAAUGAUUUUAUGGAUGAUAAUUUAUCCACCUUAAAUGGUACUGAUCAUGACGUUACCACAUUGACUGAAUCAACUUUAAAAACAUCGGACGUGGGCACACUUCUUGAAGUGGUAGAUAAAAAAAUAUGUGUGGAUAGAAUUGAUCCAUUACCAAGCUCAUUUCAAUCAGAUUUGAAUAAUUCAAAUAUGUUUCAACUAACUAAUACGUUAGAAGAUACUAUUGAUCCAUCUAAAAUAGCCAGUAGUGUAACGCAAUUCACCAGCGGAAUCGAAAAUUCCAAUAUGUAUAAUGACAAUGUUGAACAAGACAUUAAAUUUUCGCCCAGUGAAAUAAUCCUACCGACACCGUCCACUGAACAGUACAAUUACAAUUUAUCAAAUCCUUUAUCGUCACAUGUUGGUCAAUUGCAUUCGCCUUCAUCUUAUGGUCAUCCGUUACCAACAACGCAUCAUGAGUUGGACCCACAUACAUUCGUACGUCCACUCCUCCAGCCACAACAAACGCAAAGUCAGCAGUCCUAUGGACAAUAUUCAACACCAUCAGACUAUCAUCCAAAUAUGUGGUAUCCAAAUGCACCAUACGGAUCAUCAAAUAGUUACUAUAGGUCCUAUAGUGGUAAUCGGUAUCCUAACUGCGGUAGCUAUCCCCACGACCCCAUGUUGGAUAUGCUGCAACUUUCUAAUAGUGGUCGCGAAGCAAGGAAUCGGGCGGAGAAAAAUAGACGAGACAAACUAAAUGGAUCGAUUCAAGAGCUAUCCACGAUGGUUCCACAUGUUGCAGAAUCCCCCAGACGUGUUGAUAAAACUGCAGUCUUACGUUUUGCUGCACACGGCUUACGGCUACAAUACAUAUUUGGGGAAAGCCUUAAUAACUCCCGCCCUCAAUAUACUGAUUCAUUAAUGAAGCUUCUGGACAGGUUUUUUAUAGCUCUCACAUGUCACGGGCAAAUUGUCUUAAUAUCGUCAAGUGUUGAACAACAUUUGGGCCAUUGCCAGACUGAUUUAUACGGACAAAAUAUCUUAAAUAUUACACAUCCCGAAGAUCACAGCAUGAUGAAACAACAAUUGAUACCUUCCGAUUUGGAUGAGCUUUUUGAUUGGCAGGUCGAUGAUGAUUUAAAUGAACCCAAAUCUCGGACUUUAGAACAAGAGGAGUCCAUAGAUAUACGUUUGCGCUCGGAUAAACGAAAGUUCACUGUUCGAUUAGCCCGGGCUGGUCCACGCUCAGAGCCUACUGCAUAUGAAAUAGUUAAAAUCGAAGGGAAUUUUAAGCGCAGCAAUGCAGCACCGCGGGGCACAAGAAUAAACACAUUUCCCUCUAAUAUACAUAUGAUAAGACGGUCGCGUGGUCGGGAUGAUACGAUACCGUUACACGCAAUAAGUGGAAAUGAUAUUGUGCUAAUUGCUACAGCGCGAAUAAUUCGACUCCCAAAAGUUAUUAAUAGUGUGACAGUAGCUAAUGCAAUGGAAUAUAAAACGCGGCAUUUGAUUGAUGGUAGCAUCCUUGAUUGUGAUCAAAGAAUUGGACUUGUAGCUGGUUAUAUGACUGAUGAAGUACAAGGUUUGAGUCCUUUUACUUUUAUGCAUCAAGAUGACAUGAGAUGGGUGAUUGUAGCUCUACGGCAAAUGUAUGAUUGCCGUAAUUCAACUGGAGAGUCCACCUAUAGACUAAUGACCCGCAAUGGGCGAUUUAUUUACUUGCGAUCAAAAGGUUAUCUAGAAGUUCACGAAGAAACAAAAAAAGUGCACUCAUUUUUUUGUGUUAACACUCUUUUGGAUGAAGAAGAGGGAAAACGGCAAGUUGAGGAAAUGAAAAUGCUGUAUUCUCCAAUUGUAAAUGCCAAAAUUCCUCAAACUUCGGUGGAUGAGCCCGCUUCUAAAAACCCUCGACAACUUGAAAAAGCAGUACUUUGUCUUAUACAAAAUUUGCAACAAUCACCAAUUGAAGAAGAGGAUGAUGAUGGUGAGUCGUCGACAGAAAGUUUUAGCAACGAAUAUAGAGCUCCAGACUUCGGUCCAACAACAUCUGCAGCAGCAAUGCAUCGGUAUUCGGCUGCUUCUCUCUCUACUCCAUACUCCUCCAUCCGAUCUGCAGCCUAUCGCUUCGGCAAAUCAGCUAAAACACCUCCACUUGCAUUAGUGCCACCCGAAACUUCUUCGGUCAAAACUUCAAUAUCAAAAAGUGUAAAUGUAGUUAAUGUCACUGCAGCCAAACACUUACCAAGCAAUAAACAAGAAAAAACGGUAGAUGCAACUAACUGUGAAGCAAGAGUGAAUUUCGAGUCAAAGGCUGAAGGAGGCGAAGGAAGCUGUUUAUGCCAAGGUAUGAACACAAAGUUCUGCAAUUAUUGCCAAUCAAUGGAAAUUCAGAUAGCAAACUCCUCGCUCACACCCCUAGGGAGGAGCACUGCGACAGACAUGCCAUGUAAUAAACGCAGUGCCGACCCAAUUCACACACAAGAAUUAAAGUUGCGUAAAAGACGUUUAAAAAGCACAGAAAUCGAGCACGUGCUUUCGAAUUCACUGGACCAAUUAGGUAGAACGCUAGAUGAACAGCUUAACGCAGCAAUUGAGUUACGUGACAAGAGUAAUAAAUACGAGAUGCCUAAUUCUAAUCAUAGGAUUGAUGAAUUAAUGGAGGAGCACCAAUUGCAGAGUAAAAUCUAUGUCGAUAUCAAAAGCGAGUAUGAAGUUCAAAAACAGAAUAAAUGCAUCGAUGCCAGCGCAACGAAACACACGGUAUUAUCGACAACAAUUACUCCAUUAGAAUCGCACUGCAUUCAACAGCAGCGACAACUGCUAAGUGAUGAUGAUAAUGAUGAAUAAUCUCGAUUAAGCCCGAAACUACAGGAAGCAAAGUGGCAACGAAUUAGUUAAUUAUGUUGUCCGAACACAUAUACAUACAUAUGUACGUAGGCUUAUACAUACAUAUGUACAAUAUAUUAUCAAUCACUAAAGGUUUCGUGCAAGUGAUACUGACAGAUCAAAGUGCUCAGAAGAAAGGUUUUCAUUUCAAGCAAGAAAAACUGAAAGAAUGAAUGAUACGAUGGUACCUCUCAAUUUAACGAAUAAAAUAAUUACACUUUAUUUAGGCUUGAAUGAAGGUCGGCAUCAGAUUGCCAACUACCUCAUUUAUUUGUUAUACAAUACUUAAAACUCAAAAAUAAUUUAUGUAUAUACCAUAUAUAUAUAUGAUAAUAUAUAUUUAUAUAUAUAUAAAUAUCAUAUAUCUAUAUAUACCAUGAAUUUUGAAAUUAAAUAGCAAAUGUAUGUUCAUAUUAGAAUGGUAUGUAUAUAUAUGUGCUAUAUGAAGUACGCUUCUUUCGUGUAUGAUAAUGGCAAAUGAGUGAUUUUUAGUUUUGCAUUAAUAUAUUUGUAUACAUACGAUAUAUGUAGCUACAUAGUAUGUAUUUAUUUGAAUGCAUUUAUAAUAAGAAGAUUGAGCCACUUAUGCAAGUAAGUUUGAUAAGUACUUAUGUACAUAUAUACAUAUAAGUACAUAUCUUAGGUAUAUGUAUUGAGCAAAUAUAUUUAGAUAAGUCAAAGAUGUUUAUCAACAAUGUACUAUAUAUAUAGGCCUGAUAUGUAUAUAUGUAUAGGCUUGAGCAAAGGUUAUAUUAGUGUAUAGUGUACAACACAAUAUAUGUAAAUAAGCAGAAAUCUUAUUAUUGUGCACAAUAUGCAUUUUAAAGUUGAUGUACGGGAGUUUGAGUGGUUAAACAAAAGAUAUCGGAACAUACAAUUGCAUAGCUCUAGAUUUUUUAA